AUGGAGAACCCUAUCCUCAUGCAGGAGGAUUAUGCGGAUAUCCGGGCCUAUUUCUCCAAGGCUGAAUGGGUUCGGCUGCAGAGAUGCGAGAAGGUGCACUACAGGAACAUGAAGAGGAACCACCAGGCCAUGUUGGAUAUGGGGCUGAAUUCCACCACUCCAGUGUUCAUGAGAAGAAGCCGAUCCAGCGGGGUGAUGGAGGAGAGGUUGGGCGGCGACAAAUGCAGCAAUUCGGAGGAGUGGACGUCUCACCUUCUGAGAAGGAGCCCGGGGGACAAGAAGGUGAAGGAUGCAGCGGUUCAGGAUGUGACUGAGGUGGAGCUGAUUGGUUCUCUUCUGUUAGUUACUGCAAGGAGAAUGAGUGAAUCUCAUCCCAAGGAACAUGUCAGACAACUGAGGGCUGGAACUGUCAACACAUACCAGGAUUCCCCAACUUCUGUCAACACACUGACAUCACAGCAGGGUUCCCAGGGUACGAAGACUUUCAAUAUAAACAGAGACUGUAAAAUACACAGGCAGACUCGCACAAAGAAGUCCCAUCGGUGUUCUGAGUGUGGGAAGAGCUUCAGUCUUUUAGGAAACCUAAAGACUCACCAACGGAUUCACACAGGAGAGAGGCCCUACCAGUGCUUCCAGUGUGGAAACCGAUUUAAUGAGUUAAGAUGCCUAAAGAGACACCAGCGGAUUCACACAGGAGAGAGGCCCUACCAGUGCUCCCAGUGUGGCAAGAGCUUCAUUCAGUUAAGUCACCUGAAGACACACCAGCGGAUUCACACAGGAGAGAGGCCCUACCAGUGCUCCCAGUGUGGAAACGGAUUUAAUGAGUUAGGACCCCUAAAGAAGCACCAGCGGAUUCACACAGGAGAGAAGCCCUACCAGUGCUCCCAGUGUGGGAAGAGCUUUAGUCAGUCAGGAACCCUAAAGACACACCUGCGGAUUCACACAGGGGAGAGGCCCUACCAGUGCUCCCAGUGUGGGAAGAGCUUCAGUCAAUUUAGUCACCUGAAGAGACACCAGCGGAUUCACACAAUGGAGAGGCCCUACCAGUGCUCCCAGUGUAAGAAGAGCUUCCGUAUUUUAGGAAACCUAAAGACACACCAGCGGAUUCACACAGGGGAGAAGCCCUACCAGUGCACCCAGUGUGGGAAGAGCUUCAGAGUGUUAGGAAUCCUAAAGAGCCACCAGCGUAUUCACACAGGAGAGAGGCCCUACCAGUGCUCCCAGUGUAAGAAGAGCUUCCGUAUUUUAGGAAACCUAAAGACACACCAGCGGAUUCACACAGGAGAGAGGCCCUACCAUUGCUCCCAGUGUGAGAAGAGCUUCAGAUAUUUAAGUCACCUGAAGAGACACCAGCGAAUUCACACAGGAGAGAGGCCUUACCAGUGCUCCCAGUGUGGGAAGAGCUUCAUGGAGAAGAGUCCUCAUCUUUUACACCAGCGGAUUCACACAGGAGAGAGGCCCUACCAGUGCUCCCAGUGUGAGAAGAGCUUCAGUCAAUUAAGUCACCUAAAGACACACCAGCGGAUUCAUACAGGAGAGAGGCCCUACCAGUGCUCCCAGUGUGGAAACAGAUUUAAUGAGUUAAGAAGCCUAAAGAGUCACCAGCGGAUUCACACAGGAGAGAGGCCCUACCAGUGCUCUCAGUGUGGAAAAAGAUUCAGAGAGUUAGGACCCCUAAAGAAGCACCAGCGGAUUCACACAGGAGAGAGGCCCUACCAGUGCUCCCAGUGUGAGAAGAGCUUCAGUCAAUUAAGUCACCUAAAGACACACCAGCGGAUUCACACAGGAGAGAGGCCCUACCAGUGCUCUCAGUGUGGAAAAAGAUUCAGAGAGUUAGGACCCCUAAAGAAGCACCAGCGGAUUCACACAGGGGAGAGGCCCUACUAGUGCUCCCAGUGAUUUUUCUUGAUUAGGAUACUUUGAGACACACCACCAGACCCACACAGUUCAGUCAGUCCAAUAAAUGUUUGUUCUUGAAUUUUUCUAAAUUGUAUUUCUGAAAUACCUGUAUGUUGGGUCCCCCUCAUUAGUCCUGUUGAUGUUUAGGAUUUAUUUGACAAAGAUUCAGAGGUGUUUUUUAAUAGUUAGAAUAUAUUGUGAAGGUAGUCUUUGACUGCAAAGCAGUUUUAUAAACUGUUAAAUUGCACGGUUGUGUAUUUUACAGAAGAUGAUUCGGCUCACGUGAAACAGAAUUCAGAAUUUUAUUUCAGUAAACUUUUCUGUUUGAAAUAGCUCCCUGUUCGUUAGUCUAGAUAUGAUGACAGCUGAGCUAGGGCGUGGCCUCUGCUUCGUAAUGUCUCCACCUACUGAGACAUGUAUAGACAAUGGAUUGUAUUAGGUUACAUGUGUAAUACGUCACGAUUUGUGUGUAGGGGCCAUUUUACCAGGGAAUGUCGGAGAUGUCCGUCACACAGAUGCAUGAAGUUCUGUAUUUCUUUUCAAUGUUAAAGAAAGUUUCAUAUAAACUAAAUGUAUAGCGAGGGCUCAGGACUAUGAAAAGCUGUAUUUUGUUCAGGCAAAUGGGACUGAGGCAUUUCUUCGUAUCAUUUGAAGGACGUAAUCUAUCACACAGUUAACCAUAAAGUGUAAAUGCAGGCGCAAUGAGGCGCCGUAACACUAUCUUAAAUUAUACAUGAAUUGCCAGCUUUGUGUUACAGUUGGGUGCCCAACAUAAACUCAAAAAAACUAAAAAAGAAACUUUAGAUAUACACUCAAUAAAUACAAAAGGGACCAGCGACUGCGACAUAGAUGAUUUGCAACCUCAAGUUCAUCAGUCGGUUCUCCCUUUUACAUGAGCUCAGUGGCUAUAAAAACUCCCACGAUUAGAUGAUAGAAAUGUACUUUGUCCUUAGGAACAAAACUAGCUAGUCUGAGUUAUUAUUAAUGAAGGCUUCCAUAUAUGGCAAACCACAAGAUGCCACUGCCUGAGCAUGUCUGUUGCAAUUAAUUUAGAAUGACCUUGGGAGGCUAGCGAGUUAAUUUGGUGUUAGUGGAAAAUGACAGAAUUGGUUGCCUUCCUGCACAUUAAUUCGAUUCGAUGUUACGCCAUUUCCAGGUGUGUCGGUGCCCAGUAUGAAGCUAAUCGCCGCAUUAUAUGUAUGAAAAGAAGACAGAAUAGCAAAAAAAGUGAGAAAAAAUUCUACCUAGAUCACCACUAGAGGGAGCUCACACAUUCUGUCGUACUUGCCACAGUAACAACAGUGAUGUAUAGGAACAGAGUUAGAAGACAGUAGUUUAUAUAUAAAAAAUGCAGUUUCAUUAAUCUAAUUGGGUGGGCCCAGCUGUCAAUACCACCCAGACCUAACCAUAGGUCUGCCUCUGCGUCAGUCCAUCUACGAAACUGGACAGAAAAUUUACAACCGUUCUGUUUAAGUGGUUAUAUUUAAGGAAUGUCACAUUAGUAAAUUCACGCUUUACAUGAACAUCUGAAAUCGGCAGAGACAAAAUCGGCAGUACAGGCAGACCAAUGUCUUUGAAACUCCUUUUUCUUUCAGCACCCUCUUACUGCAAAACCUCAAUCCAAAGUACUCCAUGUUGUUCAUCUGUGUGAAACUGCAACAGAAGAGCUCUCUCCACUGGUUUUCUAAUUCACCAAGGGAACAGGAAGGCCCUCUUUUGGUAGGCUGCCUACUGCAGGCUCUCUUACCCGGGGUUGUAGGAUCUCCAGCUUACUCAAGUGACUCUGUAAGUCACAUUUGAUACUGUGUCCGGAAGCAGUCCAUGCUGCGCUUAGGAAUGACAUCUGU